AUGUCGGGUCUCGGCGCUCCUCUGCCUGCAUCGGGCAGCUUCAUCAAGAAUGUACGAUCCAGCUGCGCAGAGAUGCGCUCCCACGCCAACAUUUCGAUCAAUGAGGAGGCGGUUGCUGCAUUCCUGACCCAUUUGGAUAGAGCAGAUUUUGAGAGACUGAGCAGGCAACAUGGACUUACGCUUCCACUCAGCUUUGAUAGCGUUGCUGAAGAAGUGAAUCUACUGGCUGUGCUGUCUCUGCUCAAUUUCUUGUCGGCAUAUCGAGCGCCACUGCACAAGGCUACUGGAUCUGGCGCUUAUCAAGCCGUGCUGCGACUAGUUAUAGGUCUCUACAUUUCCGGGCCCAAUGCGCUUUCCGCCCUCGCUCUCAAAGAGCUCAAAGCCGAUGGAGUCGCUUCGCUCUUGAACGUCUCCACUACGCAAGAGUCGUCCAGCGGGAUACCCGGGGUGGUGCUGGGACAACCCAACACGGGAGACAUGUACGAAGUUUGCCAACUCGUUGCUAGAGCUUGCAACAGUACUGGAGAAGUGCUGCUUCGUUUGGGACUUGUAGAUUUGGGCAGCUUGGUACUGAAAGCAUUGGAGAGAGCCAGGACAUUGAGCGACGAAGAGCGCUGCGAAGCAGUGUUGGCCGAGCUCGUCUCCACCAUCCCAGCCUUCGCAGAUGCCCACCUGAUCGACGGCAGUCGACCCGUUUAUCUCUUCAAAAAGGCCUUCUUCCUCCUUCAAGCCAUCUCUCAACGAGGUGUAGCCAACGCACCAAGCACAAAGACGCUGCCCAUGUUCGUCGAUAACGUUCUGCCCACCAUGCUCAUCCAGCUCGGAAUACUGGAUACGAGCAACGUGUCGAGCUCCUUUGCAGCUCUGAAGGCGUUCAGACCUGUGCGCGCCCCUGAGACGGACAGCAAAGGCGCAAAAGCUCAGCACGAGGCGGUAGAGGAAGGACCUCGACUAAGUGCAGAGGAAGCGUACGUCAUCAGAGCUUCAGCACUGGAUGCUGGCUCUUUCAUCGUCAAGCGAGCACACGAAAUAGCGCAGCAAGAUGCACCCAAAUACGAAUGGCUCGGCGCGCUGACAGAAGCGGAUCUUGACGGCUACUUGUGGUCUGUUGCCAAGGACGAUGCUUCGCUUCGGCGAGUGCCGCGUCUGGUAGAGAGAGGCACCAUCAUGUAUUGA